UGCCGUUUGUUUACACGCUAACAGGUUCCCUCGCGCUCAAGUGCAAAGUGGCUUAGCUCGGCGUUUUGCGGAUGUGAAAUGUGUUAUUUAUGGCUGGAAAGUCCAAAAGUGUAUUUAAAAAAAAAAAAAAAAAAAAAAAAAGAGGGGGGCAUCCGCUAAAGCUGUUUUUUGUCUGUUGUGGUUUGUUCGUGUGUGUGCGUGUGUGUGUGUGUGUGUGAUGGCGCACUCAGGCCCUGCGAGCUAGCGUUAGCUCGCUUGCUACUCCGUAAUUCUUUCCAUUUAACUCCAGGUUUGCCAUCUUUAAAUGUCACUACUUCCUUGUUUUGUCGCUGGCUAAAACAAAGCAAAAACAACAACAAACAUCAGCUGAGUUACAUAACGGUUUGUUGUUAUGUAAAUAAUUAUUGUUAAAUGCGUUGUGGUUGACGUUGAUAUUUACGAACCGGCUGACCUAGUAAAUCGCCGCUUAAUUUUAACAUUUUUUAUUAUUUUUUGGGGGUUGGGGGUGGGGGGGGUAAUCGCAUUGUAGAAAACUGGCAGUGAAUGCUGCGUUUGUGCUCAAACUGGGAACAAAAGACGCAUGUAAAAUGCAAGACACGCCGCUUUUGUUGUGUCAGUUUGUGCAAGCGACGCUUGGCUCGGCACACAUGUGCCUGAAGAAAAAGCAACAGCCGUGAUUCAUAAGCGUUCUGUGGCCGACAUGGUGCUAUGGUGAAGAAUGCUUCUUGUUGUUGUUUUGGCUUCGUCGUCAAACCCGUUGUGGAACAAACCUGGGCGCGAUCCCAUUGGCUGAGAGGCUGUUGUCUCCGUGGCAACUACACCACGUGACUAAUCCGACACGCUGAUAGGCUGAUGAAGGUGUCACUCAACCAGUACCCGGAACACCAGGUCACUCGCUUCCCGGCGAUGAUUAUUGUGUAAGGAGUCACAGCAGCGGGAACCUUUUCGGGCCAAAACCAGUUUUUGCCGGCAUGGGGGGAGCCGUGAGCGCGGGGGAGGACAACGACGACCUGAUCGACAACCUGAAGGAGGCGCAGUACAUUCGCACAGAGAGAGUGGAGCAGGCUUUCCGAGCCAUCGACCGCGGCGACUACUAUCUGGACGGCUACCGGGACAACGCUUACAAAGACCUGGCGUGGAAACACGGCAACAUCCACCUGUCGGCACCGUGCAUUUACUCCGAGGUGAUGGAGGCGCUCAAGUUGCAGCCGGGUCUUUCCUUCCUCAACCUGGGCAGCGGGACUGGAUACCUGAGCACCAUGGUGGGCCUCAUCAUCGGUCCGUUUGGUGUGAACCACGGUGUAGAGCUCCACAAGGACGUGGUCGACUACGCCAGGGACAAACUGGACAGUUUCAUAAAGACCAGCGACAGCUUCGAUAAGUUUGAGUUUUGUGAGCCCGUCUUUGUGUUGGGAGAUUGCCUGGAAAUCUCCACAGACAGCCACCAAUAUGAUCGCAUUUACUGCGGGGCCGGGGUGCAGAAAAUCCAUGAAUAUUACAUGAAAGUACUACUCAAAGUGGGGGGCAUCCUGGUGCUGCCAAUCGAGGAUCAGCUGACCCAGAUCACCAGGACGGGCCAGUGCACGUGGGACAGCAAAAACAUCUUGGCCGUAUCCUUUGCGCCGGUGGUCCAGCAGAGCAGGGCUGACGGCGACAAGCCGGACAGUGUCCAGUUGCCUCCAGUGAUCGUGCGCACCCUCCAGGACCUGUGCCGCAUCUACAUCCGCCGCACCCUCCGCGAGCUGGCGGGCGGCGGCGAGGACGACGGCGGCCAGGCCCGGCGCGUGUCGCAGAAGCGCAAGUGGCGGAAUUGCCGGCGGCGCCGUAUCAACACGUACGUCUUCGUGGGCAACCAGCUCAUCCCGCAGAUGGUGGAGAGCGAGGAGGAGCACGGCGACGAGGAGCACAAGGACGCCGAGGAGGAGGAGGAGGAGGAGGAGGAGGACAAGGAGGAGCGGGACCUCGGCAGCAUCGAGAUCCUCAAGCAGGCCAACGUGCUUAGAGACCAGAUCAUGGCUCUGCCCCUGCCCGAGUCCCUCAAGGAAUAUUUAGUCUACUACAGGAAGAAGUGACAAAACUAAGGUGCACAUGUAGCAUUAUUUCCACACUAUCUUGAUGGCAGAACUCGAUGUCACAGAUCACACUGGAUAAUAAUGUUGACAUUCUCGUUUGUAUAUGUUGCUUUCCUUUUGAUUUUGUUUUGUAUAUAGAACAUACACACGAUGAAAAUGAGCCAAAUUAAGUGUACACUGGAACCCCCAAAGUGGAACGCAAUACCUUUUGAGAAGCUGGUUUACUUCCAAAUCCUUUUCAAUGAAACAAUUGUUCACAUUGAAGUGAACUAAUCCCUUCCCAGGUCAAACUGUCACCAUUGUAAAAAACUGUGUAACUGUACAGGCAAUGUUUAAGUAGCAUUAACAUUAUUGAAAACUCUUAUUAAAUGCAUUUAUUUAAAUUAACAUACCUGUGUUAGUAAAAUAAAUCUAAAAUUAGGUAUGCAGCACAGCCCAUCUACCUCACAAUUUUGAGGUUCAGGGUUCGGAUCACUGCUCCAGCCUCCCCGUGUGUCAAGUUUCAUGGGUACUCCGGCUUCCUCCCACAUUCCGAAAAGUAGGUACAGUAUGUUGGGUCCAUUGAAGAUUCUGAGCUCUAUUUGUGUGAAUAGCGCAAAUCCAGCGGUGCGCUUGGCGUAACUACGAAGAGGUGGGCUAUUGGUAAUCUGGUGGACCGGCGUGUACGCCACAUUUAAAUGCGGGACGGCUGUGCUGGUGUGCGCAUCACCGCGGCAGAUUUCAACCCUGUCCAAUCGAAGCGCUUUCUUUCACGCCCUUUAAAAGCUUAGUUUGGCAAGGAGAUGUCUAUAUGCAGAAGAGGACCGCAAUCUGUGCGUGACUGGAGCAUUGAACGUUAACGGGUACCCCUGUUAAAUACAGAAUGACCUGCGAUUGACUGCUGACCUGUCCAAGGUGUACCCCACCUCUUGCCCAAAUUCCAUCUCACCCGUGACCUAAUGAGGAUAAGCGGUAUAGAAAAUUGAUGAAUUUUUGGGAAUUGUGUCAUGUGAAGUUAUCCAUUCCUGCGUAAAACUGGCACUGUCGUAAAAAUCCUAACUGUACAGGCAAUGUUGUAAGUAGCAUUAACAUUCUUUACAAGUGUUAAAGUAUUAAAUACAUGUAUCUAACUUUGAAUCAAAUAAGAUUAAAGUAAAACGACUCACCCUUGAGAAUAAGUAAUAGAGAUGGAAAAGGAGUUCAGUUUUUUAGAAGGGUUGCUUUCGUAAUGUUACCAUUUGCUUGGCUACAAAUGAGAUCAGGUCAAACUGUUGCUGUCAUAAAAAAACACAAUAAUAACUGUACGGGCAAUGUUUUAAGUGACAUUGAGAAGUGUAAACAACCAUUGCAUUCAACAGAAUUCAAGGCGUAUGCAAGGAAAUACUGUCACCUAGUGGCCUAUUAUAGUAUGACGUUAAUGAUGGCAUCAAGUUGGUAACAAUUGAGUAUGUAGUUGGAAAUAAUGUAGAGGUGAAUGAAAUAUUCCCAUUACCAUUAUUAACUGUUGAGGCAAAGUUUGAAGUCACAUUAAAGAGAUGUGAAUUGUAAUGAAACUAAAAGUAAAAUUACUCAUGUGAUGCUGGAAUUCAGCAGCGAGUGUAUAACAAACGUAUUUAUAUUAUGAUCUGCUAGGUGAAAUUAACUAGUGUGCGCAAUUCACAUUCAAUAGCAUUAUGGCAGUAAGUUUGGUUUUCUGUUAAUCAGUGUUGCGUCGGCACAAACCCCCCCCCCCCCCCCCCCCCCCCCAAAAAAACCCAGAGAACAUUUCCAUGAGAUUUUGUUGCGAGAAAAAAAUUCCAAUUGUCCCGCACGUCUUGACUUUCCACUUUGGAGGUUCUGCUGUACAUUAAUUAUGAGUAAAUCAUUGUGUCAUGUUCAUGAAUAAGAGGAGACUUGAUGGAAUUUUCUACCUAAGAGGUGUCAUAACCUUUUUUACUACGGGGACACCUUUUAAAGCGACCUUUUCUAACAGGAGCGCUGACUUGACAUGAUGUGGUAUUUGUCGGAGCGGGAGGAGCAAAGACCCUCCCGUGGAGUUAUUAAUGCAUGCAAACACUCUUAUCUGAUGAAUCUGAUUGAUUCAGUCACGCCAAUCAAUUGAGACUAAUCUGAGGUGAUUUUAGCUUUUGUAUUGAAAGCAGUGCAAAUUUCAAAGCCUUUUUGUAUAACGAAGCACCUUAUUGUGGUUUGGGGUGAGGUGGGUGGGGGCGGCGACAUCAUUUUUACUGCAGACUUGUAAAACGAAAUGAAACGUUCUGAUAAAAGUAUGAUUUUUCUGCACAUCUUAUAUAGCAAUGGCGUUUUUCAAGUGCCAACAUCACACGUAGGAGACGACAUUCCACGUUUCAUUUUUCCCACGUGUACUCGGGACUUUUACCUUCAUCUUUGAAUAUGUCAUUUAGUGUUUUGUUUUUUUUUAAGCUGAAAUGAAAAGUAUAUAAAUAUAAGUCUAUGGAUAUAGUCGAUACAGUUUCAUUUGGGGUUUGUUGUAGCACCUUCUUGCUGUACUGUAACUUGACACUGGCAACUUUGUACACCAAAACUCCACUGCUGUCUGGUAAAUAGAUGAAUAUAUAUCAUUUUCAUAAAUGACAAAUAUUCUUUGAGGGGUGAAAAAAAAUUCACUUUGUGUGUGAUGAUGAGGUGAUUUCCCCUCCCCCCCAACCCCCCACACACUGUUUCAUUUUUCAACAUUCGCUGGAAAGCUUAUAAAGUGAGCAAUAAUUUAUCAUCGAUUUACAAAAAAAAAAAACAAAAAAAAAAAGUUUGCAUUGCACCGCUUGAAACUCAUGACCCAUUAUGGACACAUUUAAGGCGAUACUUGAACCUCCAAAGUCCAACACAGUCCGUACUGUGACACUGGUUGACUUAUGCGCUAUUUAUGAUAAAAAUAAAAUAAAGAAAAAAACCACUCUGAAGGCGCAUAACAAACGUGUAACGGAGAGGGAACGGGAACGUGUGAUACUGUCACCAAGUGGUGUUUAUAUCGAUUGCUGGAAUAAACAACGCUGAACAGUGCAACCUUGCGUAUUUACAGUGGGAAAUUCACAUAUUCCUGUCCUUCAUAAUUUGUUGAAGACCUAUUUGAUGUGUUUUGUUCAAGGCAAAGCAAACGUAUUGGUUUACCGCCAUCUUGUGGCAUUUAUGUGCUAAGGAACUAGGUUGAACGGAGUUGAGGAGCUUCAUUGAGACACAAGUAGUGCUUUGUCGCCGUCAAAACCAAAAUAAUGUUACUACAUUUGCAGAGCAGCACUGUGACCUCGUGGCGCGGUGAGCGACUGGUUAGAGCGUCUGGCUCACAGUUCUGAGGACCGGGGUUCAAUCCCCGGCCCCGCCUGUGUGGAGUUUGUGUGUUCUCCCCGUGCCAGCGUGGGUUUUCUCCGGGCACUCCUGUUUCCUCCCACAUCCCAAAAACAUGCAUGGUAGGUUAAUUGACAACUCUAAAUUGCCCGUAGGUGUGAAUGUGAAUGUGAGUGCGAAUGGUUGUUUGUUUGUAUGUGCCCUGCGAUUGGCUGUUUGUUUGUAUGUGCCCUGCGAUUGGCUGGAUUGUACCCCGCCUCCUGCCCGAUGAUGGGUGGCAGAGGCUUCAGCACGCCCGCAACCCUAGUGAGGAGAAGCAGCUCAGAAAACGGAUGGAUGGAUACUGUGACGUAACAGAGGAGACAGGAAGGUCACCUAGUGACGUUUUUAUUGUAAGAAUUUUAAUGGCCUUUUAUAGCUAUUGCUGCAAUGAAUAUGUAAUUAAAACUAAAAUGGAAAAAAAAUACUCUCUGAAGACACCUUGAUUCCCUAGUAAAACGAUAAUGUAAUCGGGGCCGAGCCCUGCAGAAAAUAGCGAUAAAAAAACAAACAAUUGACACCCCCGAAAAAUGGUUUAUUAUUGUCUAUAUUACUAGUUUAAAACUGUAAAUAAAACACAAAAUAAAAUAGUGUAACACACUUUAAUAUCCUUUCAAACUCAUCUGACACCAUUACCCUUGUAAAUAAAAGGUUUAGAGUUUUGAUUUUGAAAAAUUACACUGCAAAGUGCAUGUAUACACACACACACGACUUUCUGUAACAACCCCAACUAAACCUAGCCCCUCCCCGACAUCCAAAGCUUGUUUCACUGGAGAUGGGUCACCUCAGCAUACUUCUUUGACACCAAUUCGUGCCAUUUAGCCAGGCUUUCGGCUCAAUCUUGUGGCAUGUUAGGGGAUUUCAGCAAGAGCACAACAAACGCAAAUAUAAAUCGGCGGAUUUAUGAACAUGUAAUUGAUAUCGAAUGAAUUGUACUGCCCAAAAUGGACUGAGCAACAGGCGUCAUUUCCAUCACGAUUACUCUUCGAAAACACUCGUACCGCAAAAAAGACAAAAGAAAAAGCAAAACAGACUUGUGGAGUCAGCGGUGUAACAUUUCACAAGAGCUGAUGUCGUGUGGGUGGUGUAACGUUUCACAAGAGCUGAUGUCGUGUGACAAUGAAGUUCAGAGGCACGUUUUUGUUCGACUUUGGAGAUUCCACGGUAUCGUGAAACCAUUGAUUCGCCAGUAUUUUUAUGUCAUUUCUAGCUGGACGCAGAGCCAAAAUGCAUCGACUUAUCGGAGGGUGGCGCGCGUGAUUCAUCACUGACGGCGUGCAGGUCGUUAAGAAAAUGUGUUGUUUCUCUCUGUGGAUGUUUGGCACCAGAAUAAAGGUCACAAUCACAA